GUAUGACCACAUUCUAGUGAGGCAGUUCUAUCAAGUUCAUGCAUCGGAAUCAUCGAGAGAUGUCAAGUUUGAACUUUUUGAAAACCUGGCAUACGAGAGCGCCUCUUUUUCAGAACAACACGUUAUCGCACGUGAUUCGAAAGAAACGACUCUCAACCAAGUCUCGGUAGAGGGAAGGCCUAGGUCGCCUUUGGUCAACUUCACUACCUGGUUGACUUCGACUACUGGUACUGCAUUGGAUACGAGUUACAGCGCGCUUAUCUCUGAGACAUCGGUGGUUGUGAUAGCUGUCUCCGCGGUGAAGAGGCCUCUGUAUCGCCUUAAACCCCUCGACCCGUAA